ACAGGGACAUGUUCAAACUUUGUAGAGGUCCCUGGUCAAAACUAGUCGGUGAAUUCUGCGCACAGUUUGACGCAACCAUUGUAUGUCGUUUCUCUCGAACAACAAUUAUGCAUGGAGAUUGAAUUUGACAUUGUUUAACCUUCGCGCAGAGAUUUGACUGGAACUAGCAUAGCUGGAUCAAAUUGUAUGUGAGCGCAAGGAUCGACAGCUCUGUGUGGAGAUUGGACUUUGUUAAAAAAUACAAUUCGUAUACUGUGUCCUCGUUUGCGAUUAUUAUAACACUUAUUUUCAUUUUAAACCGAAAGUUCCACAGCGCCGUCUACUUCCUGUAACCAUCGAAACAUUUUCUUUCACCAGAAUAUUCAGCUGUUAUGUGAAUUAAACCGUCUUAGAAAGGUUGCAUGCAAAGGAUAACAUCUGUAGGCUGCCAUUCAGUUAUUUCAGGAAUACAAAUAUUCAAAUGAGGUUAAAAAGAGGUUGAGAUAUAAUUCUGCAUCCAGAAACCACAUCCCAUGAGGUAUGGGUCAAACACUCUCAGAACCAGUGACCACAAAGGAAACAACCAGCUGUCAAAAUGCCGCAGUCAGGGUUGGAGCUUCCUGCAUGCAGGGAUGGAGAAUCAACAUGGAAGAUGCUCACACUCAGCUGCUCACACUACCAGGCGACAAAGACGCCAUGUUUUUUGGAGUAUUUGAUGGUCAUGGGGAAAGCACCCGUCCUAAAGAUGGGAUGUACACAGGCGGUGCCAAGGUUGCACACUAUGCCAGUAUGAACCUUCACAAGAAAAUCAUCACACAACCUGCUUAUGCACAAAACCGAAUAAGUGAAGCGCUCAAGGGGGGUUUUCUGCAGCUAGAUGAAGAUAUGAUAAAAGAUGAUACCAUGAAGGAAGAGUUAGCAGGAACUACAGCCAUAACCGUCCUGGUGAAAAACAGCAGAAUCUACUGUGCAAACGUGGGUGACUCGAGAGCAGUAGCCAGUGUACGAGGUCGCGUAGACGUGCUGUCUAAUGACCACAAGCCAGGCAACGAGGGAGAAACCAGACGAAUCAUUGCAGCCGGAGGAUGGGUGGAAUUCAACAGAGUAAAUGGUAAUCUUGCAUUAUCAAGAGCUCUAGGGGACUUCAUUUUCAAGAAAAAUGACAAGAAAAAACCAGAGGAACAAAUUGUUACAGCCUACCCAGAUGUACAGGAGCGGCAGUUGAGCUCAGAUUUCGAGUUCAUCGUGCUGGCCUGUGACGGUAUAUGGGACGUGCUGACCAACCAGGAAGUUGUCGACUUUGUGCGCGCUAGGCUUGCUCAACGGAUGGAACCUGAAACAAUCUGUGAGGAGCUGAUGAUGCGGUGUUUGGCGCCCGACUGUCAGAUGGGUGGACUCGGCUGUGAUAACAUGACUGUGUGCCUGGUGUGCUUCUUGCAUGGGCGACCAUACGAGGACCUCAUACGUCGGUGUGCACAGCCGUGCAUCGGCGGCCCUGUACCUCACCUGAACAACUAUGACCUAAAAUAAUGGGGAAAUUAGCGGUGGAGAAAAUGUUGAAAUUGCCAGUGUGUUUCUGGGAUUGCAGGGAUUUUUUUCCUUCUUUAUUCAGUAGGGGCUUAAUACAGUUGUAAGCCCCUUCUCUCAGUGAAAGGCCUCUUUUUCCUGGAGAAUGUCUUGUAAAUGAUGCAAUUUUAUCCCAAAUUUUAAGUUUAUUUAUAAAAAUGUAUUUAUCUUUAUUCACCUUUCUCAGUUUUGUUUAUACCCCCUCUCCCAAUUUAAAGGUAGGCCCUUCCAUUAAUCAAGAAAUAAAAGUGCUGGGUAUAUUGUUUUGGUUUAGGGAGUGAAUUUUUGCAGAAGAAUGUUUGUGUGGUAUAAGUGCUGUAAGCAGAAAUCUUGUGAUAUACAUAUUCAUGAACAUUGAAGUGUUUAUGGAGUCUGGUCAUUAGUAGACUAGUAGACUGAAACUAUAUAUAAAUAGCACAGUGAAUUUUACACUGUUAUUAUGUAAAUUUAAAUUUUGUGUACAGUUUUAACUUAUAGAAUGAGUUGUUUGGCAGUGUGUAAUUUAACAUUUUUGACGAUUAACACAUGUUCCAUAUUGUGUGUUAUAAUUUUGUUAAACUGUUAAGAAUUGGCAUAAUGCUAAGACUGAAAUGUCAUUUGCUGUUGUUUUGUUUGCUCGCAUAAUAGUAAUAACCAUGAUAGGGCUAUUUGUGUGCUGAAAAUGCAUUAUUUAAGGUAAUGUCUUGAGUGUAUGAAAUGGUUUUCAUCAGGCCUUUUCAAGGCUAAUCUUUAUAAUGCAUGUAUCCAUACAUCAAAAUAGUCAUAGUUAUUUAUGAAAUUUGUGUUAGGAAAUGUUAGAACUUCACAUAAUUGAAAGAUGUUUGUAUGAACAAUUGUGUACAUUUUUAUUUCAUUAGAAUACUGACAAAAUAGUCUAAUACCCUAAAAAUUUGAAGCAUUUAAAAAUGCAGAAUCUCCACAAUAACAACAUGUGGAAUGAAAUCUUAAGUGAAAUAUUUAUUUGUUUAUUCUAUAACAUUAGUAUAUACGAAACUAAAGUAUUUCAUUUGAUUUUUAUGAUCUCAGUUGUUUUCUUUUUUUUAUGUCCCCCACCCACUAUAGUGGGGACAUAUUGUUUUUGCCCUGUCUAUUGGUCUGUUUGCUCCAACUUAAACAUUUGCAACAACUUUUUCAAUAUUCAAGAUAGCAACUUGAUAUUUGGCAUGCAUGUGUAUCUCAUGGAGCUGCACAUUUUGAGUGGUGAAAGGUGAAGGUCAUCCUUCAAGGUCAGAGGUCAAAUAUAUGUGGCCAAAAUCGCUCAUUUUAUGAAUACUUUUGCAAUAUUGAAGAUAGCAACUUGAUAUUUGGCAUGCAUGUGUAUCUCAUGGAGCUGCACAUUUUGAGUGGUGAAAGGUCAAGGUCAUCCUUCAAGGUCAAAGGUAAAAAAUAAAUUUCAAAGCGACGCAGAAGGGGACAUAGUGUUUCUGACAAACACAUUUUUCUUGUUUGUUUUUAGAAAAUAUAUCUUUUUUUAUUAUGUAUUAAUGUUUUCAUUAUUCUUUUCACAUUAACAUUGUUUUGACCCUGGAAGCAUACCUUUAAUUGUUUUUCUUUUUGUAUUUAUAAAUUUUAUAUACUGUUAUUUAUUUUGCUCUAUUAUUAUGGACUUCACUUAAGUGCGUUAUCAAAAUUACUUUUAUUGUAUUUCAUAUUUACUUUUUCAGUGUUGAUUGUUUUAAAAAGUCAUUUAACCAGUCACUAAUCAAAACAGCUGUCUCAAUCAAAUUUACCAUGUUUAUCGAAAGAUAUGCAUGUUUUGCUACUUUGAAAUUUUUCUAUAUAAUAACAAUUAUUAUUUGUAAUUAUUUUCAACUAUUGCAUUAACCAAGGUAGUAAAAACCAUGUAUUAUAAGUUACACCGUUAGUAAAUGAAGGUGUAUGAGAUAUACACCCUCAGUAAUUUGGCUCUCGUAUGGUAUUAAAUUGCUGAGGGUGUAUAUCCCAUACACCGUCAGUUACUAAUGUUGUAAUGAUUAUAUCUCGACCAACUACUUGAUUACUCGGGUAGUAUGGAAAUUACUUGGGGUGUAUGGAAAAUACUCCAUGGGCAUGUGACUGCUCCAAGCCAUUCGGAUUAGGUCAUUUUUGUAGGAGGUGAGAUAUAUAUCUUGUCAUUUGACCGAGCUGUGGAACCUAUUGAAGAUCCUUGAUGAUUAUUUGAAUACCCGUUCUCUCAAUGCGACAUGCAUUGUCGUAACUACUGGUAUGCAUUGGACUUGGAAAGUGUGGCAAUAAUCUGAGGCUCAUAACAAUAUUUGUUCAAAUGUCAAUGCCCAAUUUUUAAGUGAAUGUCUGAUGUCUGAGCCUUGCUCUGGGAGAAGAGGGCUUAAUGGUCACACAGUCUGGGAGAAGAGGGCUUAAUGGUCACACAGUCUGGGAGAAGAGGGCUUAAUGGUCACACAGGCUUAUCGGGGACGACACUUUCCACUUUUAUGAGAUUUUUCAUUGAAAGGAAGUCUCUUCUAAACAAAAGUCUAGUCUAAGCAGAAAGUUUGUCGCUGAUAAGCCUGUGAAACUGCACAGGCUAACCUGGGACGAAACUUAGCGGACAUGCAUUAAGGCCCAGUACGAGGCUCAAAUCUUUUUCUUCUCUCUCUGAGUGUUUACUUGUAUGUAUGGGAUGACUUCUCCAUAAGAAAGGGUAAAUAAUUUGGAGGCUAUAGUUUUUGUUGUAAAAAAGUGGUAAAAUUAAUCUGGAUAUUUUCUAUGUUCAGUAUUUUAGCAUAGUUGAAUAACUGGUAUCAAAAGUGUGUGAGCGUGACAACACAAAUCAUAAUAAUGUGAAUGAAGUUAUAAUUGAAAUGCUUCUACUAAAGCUUUUGUUAUGCCCCCCUUCGAAGAAGAGGGGGUAUAUUGCUUUGCUCAUGUCGGUCGGUAGGUCGGUCGGUCCGUCCACCAGGUGGUUUUCGGAUGAUAACUCAAGACCGCUUGGGGCUAGGAUCAUGAAACUUCAUAGGUACAUUGAUCAUGACUCGCAGAUGAACCCUAUUGAUUUUGAGGUCACUAGGUCAAAGGUCAAGGUCACAGUGACCCGAAAUAGUAAAAUGGUUUCCAGAUGAUAACUCAAGAACACAUACGCCUAGGAUCAUGAAACUUCAUGGGUAGAUUGAUCAUGACUCGCAGAUAACCCCUAUUGAUUUUGAGGUCACUAGGUCAAAGGUCAAGGUCACGGUGAACCGGAAUAGUAAAAUGGUUUCCGGAUGAUAACUCAAGAACACAUUCGCCUAGGAUCAUGAAACUUCAUGGGUAGAUUGAUCAUGACUCGCAGAUGACCCCUAUUGAUUUUGAGGUCACAAGGUCAAAGGUCAAGGUCACGGUGACCCGAAAUAGUAAAAUGAUUUUCGGAUGAUAACUCAAGAAUGCAUACGCCUAGGAUCAUGAAACUUCAUGGGUAGAUUGAUCAUGACUCGCAGAUGCCCCUUAUUGAUUUUGAGGUCACUAGGUCAAAGGUCAAGGUCACGGUGACCCGAAAUAGUAAAAAUUAUUUUCGGAUGAUAAUUCAAGAACGCAUAUGCCUAGGAUCAUGAACUUUUAUAGGUAGAUUGAUCAUGACUCGCAGAUGACCCCUAUUGAUUUUUAGGUCACUAGGUCAAAGGUCAAGGUCACGGUGACCCGAAAUAGUAAAAUGAUUUUCGGAUGAUAACUCAAGAACGCAUAUGCCUAGGAUCAUGAAACUUCAUAGGUAGAUUGAUCAUGACUCGCAGAUGACCCCUAUUGAUUUUGAGGUCACAAGGUCAAAGGUCAAGGUCACGGUUACCCGAAAUAGUAAAAUGAUUUUCGGAUGACAACUCAAGAACGCUUUUGCCUAGGAUCAUGACACUUCAUAGGUACAUUGAUCGUGACUUGCAGAUGACCCCUAUUGAUUUUCAGGUCACUAGGUCAAAGGGUAAGGUCACAGUGACAAAAGUCGUAUUCACACAAUGGCUGCCAGUACAACGGACAGCCCAUAUGGGGGGCAUGCAUGUUUUACAAACAGCCCUUGUUUUUAUGUCUGAUAUACUUGGAGAUAUAAUUGAAAAUGUUAUGAUGUAGUUUCACAGUGUUUUAUCACAUAUUUGAUAAACUCUUACCAAGUAUGGUACACAUUUUAACAAAUAUAUUUUUUGUUUCAAUAGUUGCGUAAUAGGAUUAUCCGAUUGAUUUGUAAUAAAUGUUGUGUACAUAUUGUUUGUACAUAUUAUUUACUCUGAUAAAGAACUGUACAAUUUAUGUGUAUUUAUAUUUAGGUUUAUAAGAUUCUGGGUAUGACAGUUUUGUUGGAAGUAUGUUAUGUAGGAUGUUGUAUUAACAUUGCAUUGUUUUAUUUGAAAUGCCCUAUUUUUGUAUUGAUUAUAUUCGCUAUUUAUUUAUUCAAUGUGUGCACACUGUAAAGUGAAAGUGCUAUCAGAUACAAUAUUUAUUUUUGUAAUCCCGAAAAGGUCGCCACUUUGUUAGUCUGACCGAAUUUUAAUUUUGAUGGAAUUGAGUUUGCAUGGGUCUGAAACGAAUUUCCAAAAUAAUGGUUUCAUUUGUACUCAUUUUCUGUCCGUCUAUCACACUUAUUUUUUCUGGGCAAGAUUUCAGAAUCUAAUGAUCCAAUUAGCUGAAACUGUAUAUGCAGGAUCAUAGCUACAGGGUCGACAUGUACGUCCUGGGUAGGCUGUCCAGUCCAAUAAUUGUUCAGGGAGUUAAUUGCUCUUUGAUUCGAUUUUGCAUGAGACCUUAGACACUUAUGAUUCUAAUUAAAAGCAAAUUGAUAUGCGGCAUUCCUAUUGGCCAGACAUGGGUAUCCCUGUCAGGUCUUGUUGGUCCCAUGAUUUUUCAGGGAGUUUUUGCUCUUCAAUUAUUAAUAUGGCAUUUUAAACUGUUGCCCAGACUAGGAGCGUGUAUACCAACCACUGCGCUUUAUGGACAGCCAACUGACAUUCAAAAUUAUUAAAUGCACUUAUCUUACAGGAUGUACAUGAGAAUAUUGUAAUGCAGUUCUGCGACAUUGAAUUUCAGGAGUUAUUGCCACUUAAACAAUAAUCGGGUGCAACCACUUUCAUUCUCCAAGUAAAGGAUUAAGAAGAUUGUAUUGACAAUGGUGUCCCUUAUUGUCAUCAUCCAUUUGAUUAUUUAUGUUAAAAUGUAAAAGUCUCUAAUAAGGGCUAAGUGAAUAGCCAGGCUUGUUUUCCUAUUGGUCCCACUCUGGGAAAGAGGGGCUCAAUGCAUGUGCAUAAAGGGCCUUUCAGAUUAGACAGUAUAGUCCACAAUCGGGGCUUAUCAGGGACAACCCUUUGCUCUUUAAUGGUAUGUUUUUUAUUCAAAGGAAUUCUCUUCUUAUCAAAAAUCCAGUCAAGGCAGAAAGUGUGGUCCCUGAUAAGCCUGUGUGGACUGCAACGGAUAACCUUGGACGAACAUUUACGCACAUGCAUUAAGCCCCCUUUGCCAGACUGUUGCUCAUUUUGAAUAUUUCCAGAUUCCCUUCAUAGUGUUCCACUAUUGCGGUGUUCUUUCAGAUUGCACACGUUUGCUAUUUGUUUGAAGUUUACCAAAAAUGUUUUUGAAGUUUUGUGUUUGUUAGGUAAUUGGACGAGACGAUUUCACAAGGCACUGUUGCUGUUUCCAUUGCUUUUGCACAAAUGUUGAUAUGUUAUGUGAAAUCUAACAUUGUAAUAUAAGUCAGUUAAGUAAUUGUUGCUGAUAUUUAUCCGAUGUUAUCUUAUGUGCAUGGAAGGUUGACUGGGAAGCUACUCUAUAUGCUUUACAUUUCUUUAUCAGAUUCUGUGGUUUCCCUCCCAACCAUCAACGUCAUGUAAUCCACAUUUUGUUACAUAUAUAUGAUUAUUAUUUUACCUGUACUUGUACCAUGUUAAAACUAAAUGUCAGGGACUUGUUCUUUAACUGCUUGCUUUUGACCCUAAAAGCCAUCUAUUGUUACAUGCUUCUUGGCAGUAGAACCUUGCUGACUUCCUGUUGAAAUCCCAGUUUACAUCUUCUUGUAUCGUUAAUAUUUUUAGAUCACCUUAGCAUGAAGUGCUGGUGGUUAGCUAUUUUGGUCACUUCAUGUCCGUGAUGGUGCAUUUUGUGUUAUGGAAUUUUAGCUUGUUAUUGCACUUGAUGAAACUUGUGUAGAAUGUUUGUCUGGGAUAUAUCUAUGUAGAGUUAAUAAGGGGGGGGGAGUGCAUGCAUCCAAACACAAGGUCACCAGAUCAAAUGUAAGAACAAAAAACUUAUUUUCCCUCUAAAGACCAUGUGUGUGACUCGAUCUUGACGAUUCUUGUUUAACUCUUUCAGUGUGGGAACCGAAUUUUAAAGGCCUUUUGCAAACAGUUUGGAUCCAGAUGAGACGCCACAGAACAUGGCGUCUCAUCAGGAUCCAAACUGUUUGCUAUUCUAAUAGUAUUCUUUGAAAAAAAAAUGAAAAAAAUGCUAAUUAUAGAAAUUCAGCAGACGACAUUAUAGCAGACGGCAAAUUUCCCAGCAUGCAAAGGGUUAACCAUAUAUAUGCAAAGUUUAAAUCUAGGUCCAGUGCUUCCUUAUACCUAGGUCACCAUUCAAUCCUAGAAAAACUUUGUAACAACUCAAGAGACCACAUAUUUUAUGACUCGAUCUUGAUAAAACUUGGUCAAAAUGUUAUUUUGACAAUACAGGUCCUCUUUUGAUCUGAGUUACCCGUGUCCAGAAACUUUCUCACUAGGUCAACUUUUGACUUUUGGUUUACCUCGAACUCGUGUGAGCGCCUCAGGGACAUCACGGCCCUCUUGUUUAUAGGUCAUGCCUGCCAUACUAGUAGAAAACCAUUAUAGCAAUACAAAUUGUGAAAGGUGUACAUAGUUUUGUGUUAAAAAAUGUCUUGUUAAGUUGAAAGACUAUUAAAAUCCUGAUCAGUUUGACAUCAGUGAGACAUUGUUGAAUUACAAAUGCUGGUGACUAGAUUACUGUGUUAUGAACAUGCACAUUUGCAGGAUUUACAAAUGCAUUUGUAUAAGUAGAUUAGUUAAAGCAUACUCAAGAUGGUCAGGUGGCAAUUAUCAGGAUAUUAGAGGCAAGGUGAAGGCACGGACAUUUUGAUUUCAAAAUGCUAUAUUCCUAAAUUAAUUGAAAGUCUACAUAAUGAACAUCAAUAGUCACAUUAGAAGCUUGGUUAGUAAUUUAUGUACAGUGCUGAUUUAUCUAUGGUAACGAACUGAAAAUAAUUUGUAAAUGUUCUAUGAAUGACCUUUAACAUAAUAUAAAUCCUUUAAUAUGAAUAGCUUAAAGCAUUGAUAUAGAUAUUAAAUUAUGUGAACUUAUUGCACCCACUUGAUUGCUCUAAAUUUGGACUUCAUAUGUAUUACUUGUACCUUGGACUAUUGAAUAAUUUAGCUGUUUUCUUGCUCGCUUUGCUUUACCAUUGCAAUAACUUUUGUUGAAUGCAAAAAUUGGAAAGAAUUGCGAGAUAACCUCAGUAUUAAUCCUAUGUUUUUGUUAUCAGAAGUUUAUUAGCCACUUAGGAUUCGAGUCUUGCCCUGGGACAACUGGAUUAUGGUAAAUGCAUGUGCGUUAAGUGUCAUCACAGCUUAGCCUGUGCAGUCUGAACAGGCUUUAUUAGGGACGAUUCUUACCUCCUUAAUGGUAUUUUUCUGUAGACACUUGAAGCACAUGCACCAAGCCUAGAAUUCCCAGUGAAAGACUUAUUUGAGCAGUGCUUUGUGAUAUAGGGGUUUAAUGCAUGUGCGUAAAGUGCCGUCCCCCAUUAGCCUGUGAAGUCUGCACAGGCUAAUCAGGGAUGGCAGUUUCCGCCUAAACUUGAUUUUUGCUAAGAAGAGACUUUCUUGAAACGAAAAAUAUCAUAAAAGAGGAAAGUGUCACUGAUAAGCCUGCACGAACAGCACAGGCUUAUCCAGGACGACACUUUACGCAAAUGCAUUAAACCCCUUAUCUACAGAACACGUCUCAUUUGUUUUAGGAAUGCCAUGCCUUGUGUGGCAGCAGUUCAACAUUGUAUGCAAAAAUUGUUAUUACAUAAAACCAGUUCUCGAAUAAAUAUUGUACUGACAGAAAA